AUGUGGGUGGAGAAGGGUCACAGUCCUCACUGAGUGAGACCUCCCUGCUCCCUGCCCCUGUGCUCUCUGAGCUCCAGCAUGGUGUGUCUGCUGCUCCCCGGAGGCUCCUGGAUGGCCGCUCUGAUGGUCAUGCUGAUGGCACUGAGCCCUCCCCUGGCUCAGGCCAGGGACACCCCAACGCAUUUCCUGGAGCAGCUUAAGGCAGAGUGUCAGUUCUCCAACGGGACGGAGCGGGUGCGGUACCUGCAGAGAUACAUCCACAACGGGCAGGAGGACGUGCGCUUCGACAGCGACGUGGGGGAGUUCCGCGCGGUGACCGAGCUGGGGCGGCCGGACGCAGAGUACUGGAACAGCCAGGAGGACUUCCUGGAGCGGAUGCGGGCCGCGGUGGACAGGUUCUGCAGACACAACUACGGGGUGUUUGAGGACCCAGCGCCUGCAGCACCACAACCUCCUGGUCUGCUCCGUGAACGCUUCUAUCCGGGCCACAUUGAGGUCCGCUGGCUGCGCAACGGCCAGGAAGAGGAGGCCGGGGUGGUGUCCACGGGCCUGAUCCGAAACGGGGACUGGACCUUCCAGACCAUGGUGAUGCUGGAGACAGUUCCCCGGAGCGGGGAGGUCUACACCUGCCAAGUGCAGCACCCCAGCAGGACCAGCCCUGUCACCGUGGAAUGGAGGGCCCAGUCUGGAUCCGCACAGAGCAAGGUGCUGAGUGGAGCCGGGGGCUUCGUGCUGGGGCUGCUCUUCCUCGGGGCGGGGCUGCUCAUCUACUUCAGGGCUCAGAAAGGACACUCUGGACUUCAGCCCACAGGACUCCUGAGCUGAGGUGGCCAUGGUGACAGGGGCAGGAGAGACCUUCUGUCCAGCUCCUUUGCAGCCUGAAGAGGUUUCCUGCUGGACUCUCACUCCACAAGGAGAGCCGCCUCAGGCUCUGGCUGGGUCCUGGCUCCUGACCCCCAAGCUGCUCCUCCCUGCUGGUUCCUGCCCGCCCUGGACCUGGAGGCCCCAGUGUUGACUGCAGACCCUCAGCUCCAUCCCUCCCUGUCCCUGUGUGUUCAACCCUAGCUGUCUGCUGAGCACCUUAGAUCACCUCUGCCCUCAUUUCUUUACAAAAUGUUCCUCUAUUAAAUAUGGAGUGAAAUCA